CUGACUUGGACUGACUUGGACGGACUGUUGGCCGGACCAGCCACUGUGAAAAAUGUCGUCAGAGUUGGCAGAAAAUAUUGGAAGAGCUGUUUUGGACGCCAUUCGGAGUUUCCAAAAUGCACCUUUGGUGGCAGCGACGACCACACAACAACCACAUCGUUCGAGUUCUGCCAGUACCGCGCCUGGACCAGGACCAUCCCGCGUUUCCACCUUGACAGCACAACGCACGGGCACCAGUAACUCAACUCAAUUGACACCAGGAUCAAAUUUCCACACACCGAAUGAUCAUUCUGUUCCCCUUCCAUCAUUUCCUAGACAAGCUGCAUGCCCACGUUUUGUUAGAAAAAGCAAGGCCUGCAAGCAUUACACCAAAGAUAUUGUGUGCUUGCCUUUUUCUCCUCAAUCAAUGUUCUGUAUACCAAGAGGGGACUCCAGAACUAAAUUGGCACGAGAUGGCCUCAUAGGAAAGAUCUCCUUUACGUCUGACUGGAGCGAAACAGAACUUCAAGAGGAAAUAACUGCCAUAUUUAAAAAGACAUUUGCAUUACCCGUGGGCCAGCCUUUUCCAUUUGAAUAUUUGAGUACAAUCCGGGGAUCUAAAAGGUUAAUGAAACCAAAUGUGUCAAGCAAUUUUUCAUGGGGGGGGAAAGAAGUUGGCUCGAUUUCCUCCAGCACCUGUCUGUACAUAAUGGCAAGAAUCCACAAACCUGCCCAGGAACCUGAAGAGCUGUCGGAUAGUGACUUUGAAAGUCCAGCCAGGCAGAGGAGAAAAGUGCGUACAGCGCCACUGUCCCCAAGGGAAAGUGAGCUCCACUAUCAGGACCCAGAAGACCUCAGUGAUGAUGGGAGUGAUAAUGGCAGACAGGAAGAAAUGUCAUUGCACCAAGACAGAAUGCAUGAUCCAGUGUCUUCUUCACCAAUGGAAAGUGAGGCCAGACAUCAGGAGACAGGGGGAAGCACUCUAGAGAGUGAAAACGAGGGACAGGCAGAAGACUUGGGGCAGUUGUUUCCUUAUAACUUGGCAGAAUUUGUCCCUGUUUAUCUAGAGGAAGAUGAUGCUCUUGAAGAGGCAAUUCAGCGUAGUCUCCUGGAAGAGUCGGACAUGCCUAGUUCUGUUCAUGUUGUUAGGUCCUCUGAGAUGCUCAGCAGAGAAGAGAUUGCAGGCCUUCUGAAAGCUCAUAGUGAGAGAGUUGUAUCAGCAGGAACAAGACAAGUCCAUAUCAGUCGCGCAAAUGUGUGGAUCACAGCUUUGCGUCCGUUUAAAAGACCAAGUUUUGUGGAAAGCCAUGACAUGCUCUAUGUCAAAUUUGCCAGUGAUGAGCAAGAUGCUGAGGAAGAUGCUGCUGACUUUGGUGGACCCAGACGAGAGUUUUUCCGUUUACUGGUGAAGGCUAUCUUCCAAGACAGCGGAGCUUUUGAAGGCACCCCAAAUGGAUGUGCCCCAAGAUUGAACAUUCUCCACUUGCAACAAGGAGUGUACCGAACCAUUGGCAGAAUGAUGUCAACGAUAAUUGUACAAGGAGGUGAACCACCAGCGUUUCUGUCCCCACAUGUUGUGGACUACAUCGUGUCGGGUGACGUCCUCCAAGUACACGUCACACUUGACAAUAUAGGUGACCCUGGGUUAAGGGAGAACCUCAAAAAGGUGAUGUGUAAUUGUGAACUGUAG